CCUGAGCCCAGCCCCUUACCACUUCAGCCCCGCAGGAUCUCCAUUUUUUUUCUUCUUUCCCUGUCGAGGAGCUCCGCCACCACAAUCCAAAGGCUUUUUCGAAAUGAAUGACGAAUACGACGUUAUCGUCCUCGGCACCGGACUGACGGAAUGCAUCUUGUCUGGAAUCAUGUCGGUGAAGGGGAAGAAGGUGCUGCACAUGGACCGCAACUCUUACUAUGGAGCUGACAGUGCCUCCAUCACGCCUUUGGAUGAUCUCUACGCACGCUUCAACCUCCCCGGCAAACCUCCCGAGUCCAUGGGAAAAGGUCGGGAUUGGAACGUGGACCUCGUCCCAAAAUUCCUCAUGGCCAAUGGUCAACUGGUCCGCAUGCUGCUGAUCACCCAGGUGACCCGUUACCUGGAUUUCAAAGUGAUCGAGGGCAGCUUUGUGUACAAGGCCGGCAAAAUUUACAAAGUCCCCUCCACGGAGACCGAGGCUCUGAUGUCGAGUCUGAUGGGCAUGUUUGAGAAACGACGCUUCAGGAAAUUCCUGAUCUACAUUGCCAACUUUGACGAAAACGACCCCAAAACCUUGGAAGGCUUCGACCCCCACAAGACGACCAUGAAAGCUAUUUUCGAGAAGUUCAACUUGGGCAAGGAUGUCAUCGACUUCACUGGCCACUCCCUCGCUCUCUACCGCACAGAUGAAUACCUGAAUCAGCCCUGCAUCAACACAAUAAACAGGAUAAAGCUUUACAGUGAGUCACUCGCCAGAUAUGGCAAGAGCCCAUACCUCUACCCCCUGUACGGCUUGGGAGAACUGCCACAAGGCUUUGCCAGGCUGAGUGCCAUCUACGGUGGGACGUACAUGUUAAACAAGCCCAUUGAGGAGAUAGUGAUGGAGAACGGAAAGGUGGUUGGAGUCAAGUCCGAGGGCGAGAUCGCCAGGUGCAAGCAGCUGAUUUGCGACCCCAGCUACUUCAUGGAGCAAACCUCCAAAGUGGGCCAGGUGAUCAGGGCCAUCUGCAUCUUGAGUCACCCCAUCAGCAACACGGGCGACAUCAAUUCUUGCCAGAUCAUCAUCCCCCAGAACCAGGUUAACAGGAAGCACGACAUCUACGUUUGUAUGAUCUCCUUCGCUCACAACGUGGCGGCACAGGGCAAAUACAUUGCCAUCGCCAGCACCACGGUGGAAACGAAUGACCCUGAGAAAGAGAUCAAGCCCGCCCUGGACCUACUGGAGCCCAUCGAGCAGAAGUUUGUCAGCGUCAGUGACCAGUUUACUCCUAAUGACGAUGGCACUGAAAGCCAGAUUUUCAUCUCCCGUUCAUACGAUGCCACCACCCACUUCGAGACUACCUGCGACGACAUCAAGAGCAUCUACCGGAGGAUGACUGGCUCAGACUUUGACUUUGCCGAGAUGGAGCGCGGGAAGAAAGACAUCUACGGCGACGCUGCCGAGUAGAGACCGCCACGGCCGCAACGCACUCCUCAUCAUCACAGACGAACGCUGCCCAAAACUGAAACCUCAUAUAGAAAGAAUACUGACUCAAAAUAAAUGUACACAUCCCAAGUUUAUGUGGCGAUCCUGUGGGAAGUUGAUCAUCUAGAGUUCUGAAAUAGUGUUGCUGGAUUAAGAUCAGGAAGGGAGCUGUGAUUUUUUUUUUUUUUUUUUAAAUCACUCUCAGAUGGCUGAUGCACUUAACAGUGGUUACAAAAAUACAAUAAUACCCUAUAGUUUGAUGUCAAAAACAAUGCAGAGUCCAAAGAUGCCAAAUUAACAUCCAGUACAUCAUUUUGUGUAUGUGUUUGUAGGCAGGGGGAAUUACUUAUACUGUUUUAAAUUGUAUUUGAACGUGUUCAGGUAUUUUUUUUCUCUUCAGGUUGAUUCGGUUGUUAAAAAAAAGUGGAUAUGUCAACAUUGUCUUUAGGGGGUGUUUUUGUAUUUCCCACACUACCAUAAAUCAUAAAACUACCUGGACUUCUCAA